AUGUCAGACGACGUCAAGACCUCGCUCCUCUCCGACCCCCCACCGGAUUACUCCAAAGGCUCAACCGAACACGGUCUCCCAGCCGGUGCCGCCGCCCGGCCACCACCACCAGCCGGCGGUCCCGGCCCCCGCGCGCCGCUGCCACUCAACCUCCCAAUCAUCACUUACCUCAAAUCCAAGCGCGUGGUCCUUGCCUCCGCUUCUCCGCGACGCCGCCAGCUCCUCGCGCAGGUCGGCCUCACGAACCUCGAAAUCACACCCUCCACGAAGCCCGAGGACCUCGACAAGUCCGCCUACGGCCCCUAUGAGUAUGUCGCCGCCACCGCGCGGCAAAAGGCGCUCGACGUGUACGAGACGGCCCUGCAGACGCACCUGGCAUCGAUCCCCGACCCGGACGUCGUGAUCGCCGCCGACACGAUCAUAGUCACCCGCGACGGCCGCGUCCUGGAGAAGCCCCGCAGCGAGGCUGAACACAUCAAGAUGCUGCGCCAUCUGCGUGAUACGAGAUUGCACCGCGUGCUGACGGCCGUGUGCGUGAUUGCCCCGAGGGAGGACGCGCGGUCGCCCGGCUACGAGAUUGCGACACAUACCGAGGAGACGAAGGUGUACUUUGCACAGGAAGAUAACGGUCUGCCGGAUGAUGUCAUUGAUGCGUACGUCAAGACGAGAGAGGGAGCUGACAAGGCUGGUGGUUACGGUAUUCAGGGCAUAGGAGGAUUGGUGCUUGUGGAGAAGAUUGAGGGUAACUUCGAUAAUGUGGUUGGCCUGCCUGUAAGACAGACAUUGGCACUGGCAGAGAAGGCUGUUUUCAAGCAGGAUGAGGAGGAGGUGGCUGAAGAGGAUGACGAAUGA